UCUACCUAGCCCGCAGGCCAACGGCCUGCGCAUCCCAGUGCUGAUGGGAUGGGGAGGGGCCUUGAAGGUUUGAACGAUCCAUGACACAACAUGUGUGCGUUGCGUACACACAGGCCUGGCCAGCACGUGGCGCCUGGAAUGGGCGCGGGCCGAUGCAGCGCGCUCGGGUCACUCAUGCGCGCCAGGAGGCAGGAGCGGGUGGUGCGAGCCACCCUGCACUGAUGUCUGAUGAGGACGCACGGUUUCGGACUAGCGACAGGCGGCUGGCGCACCGGCUGUGUGUGUCUCUGUCUGCUGUGGUCCCGCGCACGGUCUGGCACCCCCGGCCGCCGGCCGCCAAGCCCAGACAGGCGGCUGGCGCACCGGCUGUGUGUGUCUCUGUCUGCUGUGGUCCCGCGCACGGUCUGGCACCCCCGGCCGCCGGCCGCCAAGCCCAGGCCUGGCCAGCACGUGGCGCCUGGAAUGGGCACGGGCCGAUGCAGCGCGCUCGAGUCACUCAUGCGCGCCAGGAGGCAGGAGCGGGUGGUGCGAGCCCUGCACUGAUGUCUGAUGAGGACGCACGGUUUCGGACUAGCGGCGGCUGGCGCACCGGCUGUGUGUGUCUCUGUCUGCUGUGGUCCCGUGCACGGUCCGGCACCCCCGGCCGCCGGCCGCCAAGCCCAGGCCUGGCCAGCACGUGGCGCCUGGAAUGGGCGCGGGCCGAUGCAGCGCGCUCGGGUCACUCAUGCGCGCCAGGAGGCAGGAGCGGGUGGUGCGAGCCACCCUGCACUGAUGAGGACGCACGGUUUCGGACUAGCGGCCUGGCCAGCACGUGGCGCCUGGAAUGGGCGCGGGUCGAUGCGGCGCGCUCGGGUCACUCAUGCGCGCCAGGAGGCAGGAGCGGGUGGUGCGAGCCACCCUGCACUGAUGAGGACGCACUGUUUCGGACUAGCGACAGGCGGCUGGCGCACCGGCUGUGUGUGUCUCUGUCUGCUGUGGUCCCGUGCACGGUCCGGCACCCCCGGCCGCCGGCCGCCAAGCCCAGCCCGCAACAUAUCGCUGACUGGCUUUCACGGCAGAGCAAACCAGGCAGCGGAUUCGAGGACAUGGUGCUGUCGCCGCUGCUGGCAGAGGAGCAGGCGCAGGCGCGUGCCAAACCCGCUGACCCCCACCUCGGCGGCCUACCCGGCGCGGCAGGUGUCAGCGCCGGCGCAACAACCAGCACAGGUGCCGGAGCUGCAGAUGUGCACAUUACGGACGACCAGAUGCUCAUUGCGCUGGCCGACAUCCUGCAGCACAGCGUGUGCGUGUGGGGCGAGUGGACCAGCCUGGCAGAUGCCCUGCUCCCUUACUUCAGCAACAGCACUGUGUCAGAUGAACAGCUACACAGCAUUCUGUACAAGUACUUGCACCACCAUCACAUACGGUUGGAGGUGCAGCUGCAGGACCAGGGCAUCAGCACCGGCAACGUGCUGGAGGCAGUAGCAGCAGCACUGCGGGACGUUCUGGCACACCACCCACACCUCUGGGGCCACUGGAAGGUGCUGGCGGCGGUGUUGUUGGACACGGGCACGCUGCCCACCUUCCUCACGGCCAGAUCGCUGUGCACCGUGCUGGAAGAGCACAAUGGCAUCCUGCAGCGCAUCUUGCUAGAGCAGCAGGUGCCACACAAACGCUCACGCCAGCGCUCAGGCAGCGCAGCGGGCGGUGGUGAAGGUGAGCAGCAUGACGGCGGUGACAGCAGCAGUGAUGAUGAGGGGCUGGGCGGAGGCGAGCACCGCUGGUAUGACACUGGCGGUGGCGGGGGCGGCGGCGGCGGUGACAGCAGCGGCGAGGACGAGGACGAGCUGGAUGCCGCCGCUGCCGCUCAUGAUCCCGCUGCCAUAGACCGCGGCGUUCAGGACUGCCUGGACAGAACAGUGCGGCUCAUGGCGCUGGACCUGCCAGCUGGCAAGUACCGGGCCAGUCAACAGACGUGGGGCGUGGCGGAUGACGAGGCCGUGGCGGCGCGCUUUCGGGAGUCGCUGCAUGCAAACGCGCGGCUCCAGGAGCGUGUGUGCUGCGUGUGCGCGGUGCGCUGCACAGCCGACGAGAUGCACCCCCAGUCGCCGUUCAGCUUCAGCAGCAUGCAGCAGCGCCUCGAGCCCCUGCGCACCGACCUGCCAGUGACGGAGCGCAUUCCCCGCAACGGCAGCACGCGCUGGACGCACGCCGGCGUCGAGUACCACCUCCAGCCUCACGCCAUCCAGGCAGCCGGCAGCGGCGCCGCAGCAGGAGCAGCAGGAGCAGCAGCAACGCCCCUGCUGCCCAUCUGCCGCAGCUGCUACAAGUCCCUGGACACCAACAGCGACGACGUCAACCGCCUGGUGCCGCGCCUGGCGCUCGCACGCUGCGACGUGGGCCUGCCGCCGCCCUGGUACGAGGAGCUGACGCUGGCGGAGCAGCUGCUGAUCUGCACGUGGCGGCCCGUGCGCCACCUCGUGUCGCUGUGCAACCCGGCGUUCUUCCACACCGCCACGGACCAGCGGCACAAAGCCCUGCACGGGCACUGCGUCGCGUUUGCGCAGCCGGGCCUGGGCGCACUGGCGGCGGCGUUCCCGCUGCCGCUGGACGAGCUGCCCAACUACAUUCACGUCGUGCUCGUAGGCUAUGCAGCAACAGACGAGCAGGCCAGGGCGCAGGCGGAGGCGAUGGCGCAGAAGGGCUGCCCGGCGCUGCGUGUGAACGCACGCAAGGUCCUGACUGUCGUGGCGCGGCUCAUUGAGCUCAUGUCGCGCCUCAAAGAGGAGUGGCGCCGGACCGUGCACGAUGGCGCCCUGGCAGAGCUGGAGGUGCUGGCGGCGCAGCAGCAUGACCGGGUGCCAGACGUGCUGCUGCGUGCUGCCACGUUCCUGCCCAACGACCUGCGCAGCGUGGCGGUGCUGCGCGCCAUGUACCGCGACCCAGUCGGCUAUGCGCAGCAGACGUACGACACGCCGCCGGCGUACACACAUGAGCAGCUGCUGGAGCUGCUGCCCGACAACACAGCGCAGGUCAGCCUGGUGGAGUCGGUGCUGCACGCCAUGCGCCGGCACGAGCAGUGGGCCACGCAGCGCGCGCUGGCUGCCGCCGCCGAGGAGGACCUGUUCAGGGCGGCCAUACGGGAGGCAGAAGCCAAGAGCGCCAGCGGCAGCGCCGGCGGCGGCGGGCGUGCACCAGCAGCAGCUGCACAUCCUGGCGGCAGUGCAACUCUAGCAGCCCCCGAUGCUGGUGGCGCCGCUGGGCCAUCUGCACCAGCUGCUGCUGCCGGCGGUACCGGAGGCGCUGACACUGCUGCCGCCGCUGCCUUCACUGGCACGGACGCGGACCUGGCAGCCCGGGCUGUGGACGUGGAAGACCGGAUCGAGGAGCUGCUCCGCAAUGUUGAGGCCCCGGCGGUGAGCGUGACGGGUGGCGCAGCAGCAGGAGCCGUUGUCAACGCACCGGCCGGUGCACCGCAGCAGCCGGCGCCACCAGCGCUGCCACAGCCACGCACUCACGAGACGCCCGGCCGCAGUGCAUACAGCACCGUGCAGCGUGCCACAGCCAUCGACCAGGGCGUGGUCGUGCAGGCCCUGCAGACGCUGCUGCGCUCCACGCUGCUGGGCGCCACGGUGCACCGCCUCCUGAGCCGGAACCAGUGGAAGGCGCUGAACACCUACCUGGUCGACCUGGUCUUCCCGCAGCCGCCAGCCGACCUUCCCGCUGCACAGCACGCCGACUGGCGCCAGCAGAAACAGGCGCAGCUCCACCGGUACCUGUGCAAGGCCAAGGACAAGCCGUGGAGGGCGCAGCUGCUGCAGGACUACGAUCAAGCACAGCUACAGAAGCAGGCCGAGCGCCAGCACCGCAGCCAGCUAGCGGAACAGCGCCACACGGACACUGCCGCUCGUGAGGCCGCGUUGGACGCUGCCCGCACAACCGCAGCACCGCCAGCGGCCACCCCAGGCGACGAGGACAGCGGAGGCAGUGCUGGCGGCGCCGCUGAAACCGCUGCCACCGCUGUGCAGCACGGGGCGCCUGGUGUCAGUGCUGGUCCACCGCUCGCUGCCGGAGUGGGCGGCGGCACGCCGCCGCCGCAUGAUGGGGGCGCUGAUGUGUCCGGCGGUGAUGACAGCACGCAACCUGCCGCCACCGCCGGUACCGGUGCCCCUGCUGCUCCCGCUGCUGGUGCUGCUGCUGCUGGUGGCGCACCCAGUGCGCACGGCACCGGUGCAACCACCACUCCAGCCACAGCAGCGCAGCAGACUGCGGAGGACCUAUCCAUGGGCUCGCUGUUCAACACCAUGACCCUCAUCUGCAACCUGGCGCCGGAGAUUGAUCCGCUAUGGGCGCGCAACGCAGCCGCGCAGAGCAGCGACACGCCCACGCUGGUGGGCCAUAUCAGCCGCGGAGAGCACUUGGUGGUGCCACACGCGCUGCUGCCGCAAGUGGACUACAGCCAGACGUACUGGUUCUUCACGCACCCGGAGGCAUUCCCCAACGCGACCGGCUUCCGGCCCAAGGGCAUGACGGAGGAGACGUGGGUGCAGCUGCUGCUGCGCCGCUACCGGCCGCCCGGCUUUACGGAGCUGCCGCUCUUGACGGCGGACCUGAUCAACGUGCUGCAGCGGCACCAGGUCAACCGCUGGACGGACAUCAAGCUGCGCAUGACGCCGCAGAUGCUGCAGCGUGUGGGCCGCAUGGACCGGCAGGUGUUGGUGGACGUGUUGGACGCGCUGAAGGCGGGCAAGACCGGGCGCGCGCUGGACCUGGCGAUGGAAGGCAAGGGCGACGACGUGAAGGACCUGGUCAAGUGCUUCAAGUUCGUGUCGAGCCACGUCAUUGGCUCGCCGUACACGAUGCGCUCGCUGCGCAGCAAGCACCUGGGCGGCAGCUGGCUCACCUUCGGGCCUUGCACCAUGAGCGUCACCUUCAACCCGGCGCCGCAGCACUGCCAGCUGGUGUUCGAGCUGAUGGGCCGCAGCUACACGUUCGACCUGGACGGCGCGCCCAACCGCGCCGCCACCAACCCGGACGGCUCACCCAACCUCCACCGCCAGCUGCCGCGGCCAGACCGCAUGCGGCUCAUCGCCUCCCACCCCGGCGCCUGCGCCGACUUCUUCCAGACGUUCGUGCGCGGCUUUGCGGAUAUCUUCCUGGGCUGGCCUGUGGGCGCGGCGGAGCAGCAAGACCCGGACUGCAUGCUUGGCCACGUGAGCUGCUGGUUCGCCAAGGCGGAGAACACGCAAGCUGGCGACCUGCACGCGCAUUGGUGCGUGUGGCAGCCGGCGCUGGACAUUGAGCGUGUGCGCACGCAGCUGGAGCACCCCGACUCGAAGGCGCGGCUGUUCGACUUCCUGGAGAGCGUGCAGCGGCAGUGGCUGCCGGACCCCGCCAUGGUGUGCCCCGAGCUGGGCAUCGUGGCGAAGGACCCCACGCUGACUCCCGCGGUUGAGGUGCACGCGCGCGGCAGCGCCGACCUGGCGAUGGAGUAUCAGCCCGUGCUCACCGACCGCUGGCGCUGGCAGCGGACUGUCGGCGAGGCCAUCUGCGAGCGCCUCAACCACCAGCACUCCUUCACCUGCGCCAAGUGCGGCGGCAAGGCCACGCACUGCAACUGCCGGCUGCGCAUGCCGCGGCCGGUGUUCGCGCACACCACCGCCUACCUGACGGGCAUCGUGCGCCUGCAGCGCUGCGGCCCCAUGAUCGUGCCCCACCUCACGCCGCUCGUCAUGGCGCAGCCCUGCAACAACAUGGCGUUCACCACAUUGGAGUGCAGCCGGUGGGCGCGCGAGGUGAUCCUGUUCGCGGCGGCCAACCCCGACGCGCCGGCGUCCGACCCGCACUUCCAGCCGCCUGACCUGGCCGAGAUUGCCGCGGACGUCGCCGAGUACGCCAUCGCCUACGCCACCAAAGCGGAGGGCGUGGACGCCAGCACCGUCGCCACCGACAAGCUGUGGCGCACCAGCCAGGAAGUGGAGGAGCAGCGCGAGCAGCUGCGGCGGCACAAAGAGCAGCACGGACAGCCGCAGCCGCCGCCGGACCCUGCUGCCAGCCGCGGCAAGUUCCUGGUGGCGCGUUGCGCCAACGCCGCGCAGGGUGCACAGACGCUGCCGCUGACCAUGGCCACGCACCUGGCGUCGGGCGGCAGCUACGCCACGGAGUCGCACACCUACCGCCUGCACGACAUGCGGCUCUACACGCGCCGCCUGCAGGAGGAAGUUGGCACCUUGCCCAACGACCCCUACCUGCUCGUCACACCAGAGAUCAUCGUGCCAGACGAGACCCCUGCUGCGCCUGCUGCAGCCACGCAGCGCGCUCAGUCCAGCGGUGGUGACGAUGAUGGUGAGGACCUGGAGGAGGCGGAGGACAUGGAGCAGGAGGAUGAGGGUGAGGACCUGGGCGGUGGCACCGGCGCGUACGGCACCGGCGCAUAUGGGUCGCAGGACGAGGAGGCAGACACAGACGAGGAGGAGCGCAGCAGCCAGCAGCAUGCACCUCACCGCCACACACCGCGCCGCCGCCAGCGCAGUGAGCGCAGUCCAUCCCCACAUCAAUCCCCGCUGCGUGACGACGAGCUGCAAGAGGCGGCGGUGCACAUGGACCAGGUGGGCGGCACUCCCUUCGACUUCCUGCACCGCCGCGCCGCUGCCGGUCGCCGCGAGGAGGGAGCUGCUGGCGGCAGCACCGCCGGCAGCGGCAGUGGCGGCGAUGUGAGCGAUGAUGGUGGCAGCGGCGGCGGCGGCGGCGGCGGCGGUGGUGGUGGCGGUGGCCAGGCGCUGCACCCCAACACCGUGGUGGACGACUAUGUGUGGCGCGGCGAGCAGCUGCUUCCCCUGUCACCUGUGCUGGUCACCAUGUGGUACUCUAAGAAGCCCAUGACCAUGAAGAUGGAGGAGGAUGCUGCGUAUGACGACGCCGUGGCGGAAGCGGCGGCGCAGCUGGCCAGCGGCAGCACCGCCGCGCCACCGCCCCGCCGCUGUACCGCGAUCCGCCUGGACCCGGCGCAUCCACAGUACAGGACGCACCGCUGGCAGCGGCACCGGCGGCCGGGUGCACAGACGCUGCCGCUGACCAUGGCCACGCACCUGGCGUCGGGCGGCAGCUACGCCACGGAGUCGCACACCUACCGCCUGCACGACAUGCGGCUCUACACGCGCCGCCUGCAGGAGGAAGUUGGCACCUUGCCCAACGACCCCUACCUGCUCGUCACACCAGAGAUCAUCGUGCCAGACGAGACCCCUGCUGCGCCUGCUGCAGCCACGCAGCGCGCUCAGUCCAGCGGUGGUGACGAUGAUGGUGAGGACCUGGAGGAGGCGGAGGACAUGGAGCAGGAGGAUGAGGGUGAGGACCUGGGCGGUGGCACCGGCGCGUACGGCACCGGCGCAUAUGGGUCGCAGGACGAGGAGGCAGACACAGACGAGGAGGAGCGCAGCAGCCAGCAGCAUGCACCUCACCGCCACACACCGCGCCGCCGCCAGCGCAGUGAGCGCAGUCCAUCCCCACAUCAAUCCCCGCUGCGUGACGACGAGCUGCAAGAGGCGGCGGUGCACAUGGACCAGGUGGGCGGCACUCCCUUCGACUUCCUGCACCGCCGCGCCGCUGCCGGUCGCCGCGAGGAGGGAGCUGCUGGCGGCAGCACCGCCGGCAGCGGCAGUGGCGGCGAUGUGAGCGAUGAUGGUGGCAGCGGCGGCGGCGGCGGCGGCGGCGGCGGCGGUGGUGGUGGCGGUGGCCAGGCGCUGCACCCCAACACCGUGGUGGACGACUAUGUGUGGCGCGGCGAGCAGCUGCUUCCCCUGUCACCUGUGCUGGUCACCAUGUGGUACUCUAAGAAGCCCAUGACCAUGAAGAUGGAGGAGGAUGCUGCGUAUGACGACGCCGUGGCGGAAGCGGCGGCGCAGCUGGCCAGCGGCAGCACCGCCGCGCCACCGCCCCGCCGCUGUACCGCGAUCCGCCUGGACCCGGCGCAUCCACAGUACAGGACGCACCGCUGGCAGCGGCACCGGCGGCCGGUGAUCAUCCAGCCCAUCAGUGAGCCACCACUCGUGCCCAGCAGCGACGCAGCGUCAGAGGAGAAGGAGGCGUUCGCAGCGUGGGCGGUGGGCAACUUUGGCGUGUACUACGCCACGCCGCGCCGCCGCAUCUACCUGCGCCCCCAUGAGGGCCAGCCCCCCGACGGCCACCUGCCGCAGCUCCUGUACUGGCCUGAAUACUUGGCGAUCAGCAAGGCAGAUCCGGCGGACCCAGCCACGCGCAACGACGCGUGCAGCCGCAUCGCGCGCCGAUUCCUGCGCAAUGCUCAGACGCACGCGCUCAGCCACCUCCGCGGCGCCGCACGCCAAGCUGCCUUCGCCGCACAGCACGAAGCCGCCGGCGGCGACCAGGAGGGCGCGCUGUCGCAGCUCAUGCCGGAGCUGGUGAUGCCGGACCAGGGGGACGACGAGGGCCGCAUCACGGUGGAGCUGGAGGGCAUGGACGAGGAGGAGCUCAUACGCCAGCAGCAGGAGCUGGAAGCAGACGACCGCGCAGACCAGGAGGAGGAGGAGGAUCCAGCGCUGCUGGAACAUGCGCUGGACCCUCAGCACGAGCAGCACCUGCGCGCUGUGUUCCACGCACGGCCAUCCGACCGUAACACGGAGUACGUGAUCGGCGCACUCAUGCUCCUCCCGCCGCUCUCGCCCGCAGCGUUGGCUGCUGCAGCUGCCGCCGCAGCGCCGGCAGAGGCCGCAGAGGCUGCAGCCCCAGAGCCCACGCACGGACCGCAGCCUGCGCCAGCUGCGGGCAUACCGCCGCCGCUACCGGCUGGGCUCGGAGGCCUGGGCAAGUCCAAGCUGCCGGACGCGCCGCUGAUCCUGGCCGGCGUGCCUGACGCACAGCUCACGCGCUUGCAGCGACAGCAGGACAACUACCGCGCUGCCUUUGAGCGGCGGCCGGAGGAUCUGGUGGACGUGGCGCUCGCGGCGGCAGGCGUGGCGCCUGCUGCCGGCACCGCAACCGCUGGCGCGCGCGCUCCGUACCUGCGCCUUGUGCGCGGCGACGACGCCACAGUCACAGCCCGGCUGACCACCUACACACCCAACGGCGUGGCCCUGCCCGAAACCUCGUACGGCGGCCGCAACCACCCUCCAUACGUGCUCAUGCCACUGGGCGAAGUGCCCUCGCCCGAGGACACCGCGGACCUGUUCACGCUGUCGCCGGACCAACGCACGCCCUUCCUCCAGCUUGCAUACACGUUCCUGUGCGAGCUGCGCGGCCAGCCAACAGAGCCACUGCGCCUGCUCAUCACUGGCGACGCCGGCACCGGCAAGACGCACAUCAUCGCCGCGUUCGAGUGGUUCGCCUUCCAGCACCGGGGCUCCCACCUGGUGCUGGUCGUGAGCUACAUGUGGCGUGCCGCUAUGAACGUCACCACGCCCAGCAACAUCGCCCUAUCCACCACCACCACCUUCGCGCUGGGCCGCGUCAAGCACAGCGCUGUGCAAGGCGCGUCCUUCGGUCACGCCAUGUAUGGCCCGAACGGACACGCCGCGCUCCGCGCGCGCACGGAGACGGCGCGGUUCAUCUUCAUUGAGGAGUACGGCGUGCUGGGCCUGGCGCACUUUGCGGAUGUGUGCACGCGCAUGCAAGACGCAGCACGCCACCAGCGGCCCGACCCCACGCCGCUGGACCCCUUCUCGCUGCGCCACCUGCACCUCGCGCUCACGGGCGACCCCCGCCAACACGUGGCGCCCGGCGCCCUCGCCAUGCUCGUGCACCACCCGCCGAAAGGCUCCGCCACCUCCCCUGUGGACACUCUGCGCGGCCAUGGCCAGGACUUCCUGGCCACCUUCAAGCAGGUGUACUACCUGCAGCAGCAGCACCGCCGCGACGAGACGCAGGCGGGCGGCCUGGAGCUGGGCACUGUGGCGCACAUGUUCGAUGGCCUGGGCAAGGCAACACCGGAGCAGGUGUACGCGGCGGUGGAGCAGCUGAACCGCCGCGCGCUCACCGCGCAGGCACUGCAGCAGCUCCGCAAUCCACACGUGGUGCUGCUGCGGCACAGCGUGCAGCUGUUCGUCAACCGGCGCCUUGCAGAGCGCCAGGCGGCAGCCGACGGCCAGCCCAUCUACAUCUGGCGCAGCCACGACCGCCUGCAGUCGUACGGCACGGUCCCACCAGCGCUGGCGGCGGAGCUGGAGUUCCUGCCGUGGAACAAGACCGCGCACACGCCCACCCUGGGCAUGUUCUUCCGCGGCAUGGAGUACGCGUUUGGAGACAGCAAGCUGCCUGGCCUGCACCGCUGCACCAACAACUCCGCGUUCGGCGUGACGCUGGUGCUGCAUGACGACGAGCCGGAGCCCAGCAUCGAGCCCGGCGUGCACGUGCUGCAGUACAUGCCCAAGGGCAUUGUGGUGCGGCCCGGCGGCCCGCGGCUGGCGCACCGGCUGUGUGUGUCUCUGUCUGCUGUGGUCCCGCGCACGGUCUGGCACCCCCGGCCGCCGGCCGCCAAGCCCAGGCCUGGCCAGCACGUGGCGCCUGGAAUGGGCGCGGGCCGAUGCGGCGCGCUCGGGUCACUCAUGCGCGCCAGGAGGCAGGAGCGGGUGGUGCGAGCCACCCUGCACUGAUGAGGACGCACGGUUUCGGACUAGCGGCCUGGCCAGCACGUGGCGCCUGGAAUGGGCGCGGGCCGAUGCGGCGCGCUCGGGUCACUCAUGCGCGCCAGGAGGCAGGAGCGGGUGGUGCGAGCCCUGCACUGAUGUCUGAUGAGGACGCACGGUUUCGGACUAGCGGUGAGCAGUAUGGGCAGGGGCGGUGGAUUGGGGCCUGCGUGGCACGCACUGUAGGCCUUGCUGUCACCCAAAUAGAU